AUGCAUAGCACUUCAACGACCGUUGACUCAGACGUGGAUGUUAUCGGUUUGUCUCAUUCCACAAAGCAAGUCUCAAUACGUGACGCCGAGCCUGAGCAAAGUGACGAGCCGUUAGACCUUUCUUUGAAAAGUUCUACGUCCUUAUAUUCACCAACAACUUCGCGACCCAGUGUGAUAAUUGAAAGCCCCACAGGUGAGAUUUCUUGA